UCGGAAAAUAACACAUUGCGAUCCACUUGAAUGCGUUGGUCAUACUUUCCAAGCGUUCUCACAAACAAUCAACAACCAGUUUCUAUUCUCUAAAAGAAUCAUUUCUACCACUGUCUGUUCUUUAUUAAAUGGAAUGUUACAUCAUUUUAAUUGGAGAUGAAUUUUGCGUUUCUUUUUAAACACUGUUAAGCUAUUUCUAGAUGUAAUGUAUUCCAUCAUUACAGCCUGUAAACAUCUGAAUAUGUCCACGUUUAUAUGGAUUAUUUUCAUGUGUUGUAUAGUGUUGACAAGUACCCAAACGGUUAUAUCUCCAGGUGGUUCCGUCGUUGUUUUAGAAAGGUCGAAUCUCACAUUGCCCUGUUCCUAUAAAGGAAAAAAUGAUAGACAAUCAUACAAUUUAAGUGUAAUGUUUAGUGAGAUACCAAUCGGAAUAAAUUAUCCGAUAACGCGACUACAUUUGAAACAAACUCCUGGGAAAACAUGCACCGAGUUGUUUAACUUCAACAAGCAGUAUGGGCACCAAUGCUUUGAGAACAGCGUUUUCACCAUCACAAUCUACAACGUGACGAGAGACAUCAAUCGAACGCAGUGGUUAUGUGACAUUAUGUCUGAAAGAGAAGCAGCGACACGCGGCAAUACCGUUACGUUGCUUGUUGAAGAAUAUGAAGAACCGAACACUACGAUGCCACUGCCGGAUAUGAAUACUACUUCUUCUGUGCCUACAGAAACUUUCAUACAUGCUGGAACCGCUGUUGGAUGUUUUGCUGUAGGUGUUGGGAUAGGCGUUGUUAUCAUGGUGAUAUUAAAACGUCUGAAAUAUGGUCAAAGAAGUGAAUCUUCUGCCAAACAUGAAUACACCGAGAUUAUCUUGUCAGAGCAAGCAACGAGCCUGAAUCAGUCCGGACGGCAACCACGUCAUUAUUUGACGCCUAUUUAUGCGAUGGAACUCCAAAAUAUUGUUUCAGUUCAUGAAAAUGAUGACAGAUUAUGAAGUCAUAAACACAGUUACUUCACUUGCGUUCCGAGGAUUACCUUUCAUAUCAACAUAUGUACUCUCUUUUGGAUAUUUCUAGACUUAUUUACAGCAAUUAAAAAUAUAAUAUUGUGCUAAAAUAUAUGGACAUGUGUCGACGAAAUGCAUCGACCUAAACGUUCAAGACUGUUUAUACUUUUUAGUGAAAUUGAAAUAAUAUUAUUUGAACAUUAUCUUACAUAAUCUAUGUGAUAAGCAGUUGCUUUAAAAAAAAUGUAGUACCUUUAAGUCAGGGAAAUUUACAGUAUUCAUUCUACCAGUUUUGAAUUUUAUUUUUAUGCCUUUUUGAGAUUACUUAUUGCAACAUGUUUUAUUCAUCUAAAUAUAUUGCUUGAAGCGUUAAACAACUGAAAGCCAACAUAAAAAUAGUUUAAGCAAGAUUUCUUAGUCAAAAAGUAUAUUGUUGCACCUAUAUUUAAUAACCUUUCAUAUUUACUUAUUCAAAUCAUUUUUUCAUCGCAGCAUACCCGCGUUAGACAGACACUCGUUAUAAUCGUAUAUUUUUAAAUAACGUUUGACCGAUUAUUUUUGACAGGACUAAAAUAAUUGUUUAAACAGACAAUAUAACACUCUGUUUAGAGGAAUAGUAAUAUGUUUGCUUCAUGCAAUUUAACGCCAUGAAAAUUCGAUUAUAGCACGUCUAUUCACGUUAUAAACAUUUUAUUGUAGAAUGAUAGUGCCUUUAUAGCACGUCUAUUCACGUUAUAAACAUUUUAUUGUAGAAUGAUAGUGCCUUUACGUAAAUUGUACGUUGUACGUUAUAAACAUUUUAUUGUAGAAUGAUAGAGUCUAGUGCCUUUACGUAAAUUGUACGUUGAACGAUUGACGCUCGUUUGAUUAUUUUUUCUAAACAAUCAUACAAUUUAUUGUGCCUCAUUUUCCUAAUCAAUGCCGAACCAUUUUGUUCCAACGAUUAAACUCAAACAUUAUUGCAUUACUUUUCGUUAUUUUUUUCAAUUUAUGUUUUAAUUAUUUUUUUGGUAUAAUCGAUAGACACGUUGAUAUUCGUGUUGUUAUAAAACAAUGCAUAUGCAAUAAUUCUACUGUUUUGUUUGCUUCAUCUUUUGCUUUGAUUUUUUUUUCUAUUUACAAUAUAACUUCAUUAAAAUCGAUAAACAUUUUUCAUAUAUACUUACUUCAAUUUUAUUCUGCUUGAUUUGCUUAAACACCAAUCAACAUUAUGGUAAGCUACUACGUUCAUCCAUAUUAA